AUGGGUGUGAAGCUGCUUGAGUCCAGACUUCGUCUCCUGCCGCUGCUGCUGGGACUUGUCAUGGUGGUUGCCUCAUUCCAGAUCCCACCAUAUUUAACCCCGUCCCAGUGGUUUGAAAUCCAGCAUGUAAUUAUGACCAGCCCCCGAUGUACUGCUGCAAUGAGGAGUGUUAACCGGCAUACAGGACAAUGCAAGAACUUAAACAGUUUUCUUCAUACAAGCUUUGCUGCUGUUGUUACGGUGUGUGGCCGUAGUAAUGUUAACUGCAGCGACAGGGUACAUUCAAAUUGUCAUAAUAGUCCAGCUCCGGUGUCUUUGACUUACUGUAACCUCACAACUCCAGGAAGCCAUUAUACACAAUGCCAAUACCAAACAACACGAACAAGGAAGUUCUACAGAGUUGCUUGUGACUAUAGAACUCCUCGGGACAAUCGUACCUAUCCAGUGGUUCCGGUUCACUUGGAUGGGAUAUUUUAG